AUGUAUUCAAUUCCAUAUAUAUUGACAUCUUUACUAUGUAUACCUGUUGGCGUUAUUGCAGAAUCCCUUCUGUUACCAAAAAAUAGUAUUCAACUGGCUAAAUCAAUAUUUUCUUGUAAAUUAAACGUUCAUGAAACUGUCAAAUAUUGUAAUACCAAUUCACUGGAAGAUUAUGGUUGUAUAUGUUCCAAUAAAGAUGCAAUUAUGGAAUAUGUUGGUUGCUUUGCUUAUACUCAAAAGAACCCUCACGAAGCAAUAGAUUUCUUUGUUGAUUUUUGUCAAGAAUAUGGAAAUACCACAGUUGAUAUGGACAACAUAUAUACAGCUUAUGAAAAUUAUACUGCAAAAGGUUACUAUAAUGUAUCUAAUUCAUCUAAUAAUAAUAAUAAUAAUACUAAUAAUCAAAUUUUAAACCAUACAAAUGUGUUUGAAUCUGAUCUUGCCAAAGAUAAAAUGGCAAAAUAUACUUAUUCUUUGAGAUUGGCUAUAGAUCAAUAUUUGGUGAAUUGGGAUAAUACAUUUUAUUAUGGAGCAGGGAUUUUAGGUUAUUGGGCUUUAGUGAUAUUAAUUGCUGCGAUAUCUAAUUGGACUAGAGCUUUAUUCCCAGGUCUCAUGACAGAUUUAACCGGUCCUUUAUCCAAUUGGUGGAGAAAAAAUAUCUCUUUACCAGCAACAUUUGGGGAGAAAAAAUCUCAAAGUUUCAGUAUAUAUCGAUUCCUUGAUUUUUAUAUCCCAUCAAGAUUUGAAACAAUUGUUAUCACUGGAUUUGUUAUUGUAUGCAUCAUUACCUUGUCGAUCAAUACAUAUUUUGCUCAAGGUGACGAGCUUAUUCAUUCAAGUUAUGAUGCUAGACUAAGGUAUGUUGCUAAUAGAACAGGGACAAAUUCAACUAUGAUGUUACCUCUUGUUAUAUUAUUUGCUGGAAGAAAUAAUAUACUUCAAUUUAUCACGGGAUGGAAUUAUACAACUUUCUUAACUUUCCAUCGUCAUAUUGCAAGAGUGAUGUUUGCCUUCGUUGUCAUUCAUGCCGGUUGUUUCACUAUUGAACUUGGAUCUUCUUAUGGACCAGUGAUGAAAGUACCAUUUAUGAUUUGGGGAACAGUAGCAACGGUAAUAGCCGGAUUAAUGUUGUUUCAAGGAAUGUUAUAUCUCAGAAGAAAAUGGUAUGAAGUGUUUUUAAUUGGUCAUAUUAUUUUGGCAGUAUUUUUCAUUAUUGGCACCUGGAUUCAUGUUGUUGAUUUUGGUUAUAUGUGGUAUAUUUAUGCUGCUGUGGCCUUUUGGGGAUUUGACAGAUUUAUUAGAGUUGUUCGUCUACUUUGUUUUGGAUUUCAAAAGGCAACCAUUACUUUAUUACCAAGUGAGACCAUGCGAGUUGUGAUUUCUAAACCAAAAGAUUGGAUUGCAAGUCCUGGUUCAUAUGUGUUUGUUUCAUUUUACACUCCUAAAUAUUUUUGGCAAUCUCAUCCAUUUACAAUAUCGACUUCCACUGAUUCUACGAUAACUUUGUAUUGUAAAGUUAAAGAAGGUGUUACUCAUGCAUUAUACAAAAGCUUAAUUAACGCCCCAAACAAAUCAAUUAAAAUUAGAGCUGGUGUUGAAGGUCCAUAUGGAGAGCUUAGUGGUGCCAAAACAGCAGAAAGUGCUGUGUUUGUUGCUGGUGGUAAUGGUAUACCAGGAAUGUAUUCCGAAGCUACUAAUUUAGCAUCAAGACGUUCAAUUAGAUCUUCCCGGAAAAUAAAAUUAUAUUGGAUAGUAAGAGAUUAUCGUUUGGUACAAUGGUAUUAUGAAGAAUUACAAAUGCUUCAACGUACAAAUAUUGAAACGGUGAUUUAUGUCACUCGUCCUGAUGAAGCUCUUGAAGAAGUGGCAUCCAAUUACACUAGUGCAAAUUUUGAUGAAAAAAGUUGUUAUUCACUUGGUGAUUCCAAAACCAUGAUUUCAUGCAAUUCUAAGUAUACCUUUAAUUUGAAAAAAGACAAUUAUUGUAAUAUUAAAGAAUUAAUUAAAGAUGAUUUGUCCCACAUUUUAUUUGUUGAAGGUCGACCCAAUUUACAAAAUUUGGUGGAACAAGAAUUGGAAGAAGCUGGUAGAAGUAUUGCCUUUGUUACAUGUGGUCAUCCAGCAAUGGUUGAUGAAUUACGUUGUCAAGUAAUCAAAGUUAUAAAUAAUCCUCAACAGAAAAGAGUUGACUUCUAUGACCAAUUACAAGGCUGGAGUUAA